UUAGCAACAAGAAGAAGAGCAAGAGCAACAAAAUCUCCGAUUUUCGUCUGACGUGGUCCGUGUACAUCGGCUAUCGGUAAUUUCAUUUCAAUUUCUGCGUUGGCUGCGAUUUUCUGUACGUAGGAACGUCCUGUUUGCAGUUUCCGCAUCGUCAAUCACCACCGGCUGUAUCAUGAAUCCCUUGGGAUUGCUAACGCUGGUUGCCUUGCUAGGGGUCGGGUUUGCCGCUUCACCAACCACACAACGCACUGUGUCCAGUCAUCUUACAGCAUUGGACCAAGAACGUUUUGCGAAGGUUUUCAGCGAGGGACUGAAAUCGAAUGAUCUCCAAUCGUUGUACUACUCGUCCGCGAAUGUGGCUCUUCCGGCCGGUGAUGUUACCAGCACCUGCAAACGCUUAUUCACGCUACACAGUGAAUCGAAAUUGAAUGAUUUCGAGAAAAACUUUUAUCUUAUUGGUGCUCGCAAGAACUUUGGAUGUAAGGAAGCACUUCCGGCAAAGGUCGAGUCUGCCGUGAAGGCGGCUCUAACGAAGGAUGCUUCGACCGCUCAAGAGGUCUACUACAACUUCCACUCGGCCAAGCAGGCUGGCCUCACCGUCGAUGAGAAAGUACGCACCACACUCGGUAAAAACUUGCAAACGGUGUUGAAGAAGGACGAUUCACUAAACUCCCUCGGACAUGCGUUCACUGUGGCUGCCGAGUUGGGUUCAGCUGGCUCAUUUGCGUACGACCGCAUCGAGGAAGCCUUUGUGCAGGCCGAUGAAGUCGAUGGAAGAAUGCUGCAGUUUGAAGGAGGUCUAAGCAUUACGGCACUUAUUGUUAACGGUGGAUUCAAGCUGGCUAGCAGCCUCUCCAAACCAGCCCCAAUUACAGCGGAACAAGCGGUGAAAUUCGCUACCUACUUCCUGUCGCGUGCCUCUGUCCAAACGCCGAAAGGUGUUAACGUGCUGCUGGAGGCAUUGAAGCUGCUUGCGUCGCAGAAAACUAUCGCCCCGGUCUGUAUUCGUCUGGCUGACAAUGGCCAACUGCUUCCAGAGGCACCGAUGCUCAGUGUGCGUGUGUGUGACUUGCUCGGAAAACCCCUGUCACCUGCUCUGGCCGCGCUGUCCACCACGAUCGUGUCCCGGACUAGCAGCGAUGCGCUCGUUUCCAAAGUGAAUCUCGUCCCCAGUAAGGACGAUUCGACGCUAUUCACGUACAGCCUAAAAUCGGCAUCUCCUACGCGCGGUUUGUACCGAGUGGACAUUGAAGCCGCUCCUUCUUACCGACAGCAAUUGCAGGUGAGCGUUCUGGGCAAGGUUCGCGUAAGCUCUCUAGAGGUCGGAGUAGGUGAUACCGAUAGCGCGGCCUCGAGCGUAAAACGUCACUCGGUAGCACACCCUUCGAAACUGGCCACCGUUCUGAAUGCUGACUCGCAGCAGAAGGUCGUCCUGAAGACAGCACUUGUCGAUGAUGUUACUGGCAAACCGAUCACCGUUCACCAGGCAUUCGUGUUACUGCGCCAACAAGAAACUCGCCAGGAAAUUAUCUUCGUGGCCGAAAUGGAUUCGAGCAAGGCGUACAAGUUCGAGAUGGAUGUUGGUGCGCGGGCUUCCGACUUUGGCCACAAGAGCGGACUCUACGAAGUGCGUUUAAUCGUAGGCGAUGCGCUUCUCUCCAAUUCUUUCCAAUGGCAUUUGGCCGAUCUCGAGCUCAAGUUUGCCGUGGUUGAAGGACAGCAGGUGAGCGCAUCAGUCGAUGCUGCCAGCUCGCGAAAACCUCUCCCUGAAAUCGUUCACCAAUUCCGCGCACCGGAAAAACGUCCGCCACGUUUUGUAUCCGACCUGUUCACCGCUCUUUGUAUCGCUCCCCUCGUAAUCCUGUUCGGUCUGUGGGCCAAACUGGGUGUUAACGUGAAAAACUUCCCACUAUCGCUCGGUGCGCUCGGAUUCCAUCUCGGUUUGGGUGCCAUCCUGGCACUGUUUGGUGUUUUCUGGCUUCGGCUGAACAUGUUUGAGACGAUUCGUUACCUGAUCCCACUGGCACUCUUCACGUUCUUUUGUGGCAAUCGAAUGUUGCGUAAGAUCGCGCGUGGUGGUAGCGACAAGUAAUGCCGAGUCUCAGAAGCUCUCCUCGAGAAGCCUAACAGUCCUUUAAACGAACAAAGGCUUAACACUAAGCAAACUAGCAUGACGGAAGAAUCAAUUGCAGAGGAGAGAACGCAUUUACGAUAGGAGAAUUAACCAAAUCAUUCCCUUUUCCCUGCCGAAGAUCACAACUUAGGGAAACCAGAACCAGGAAGAACUCGAGUUUUAAGUCACAACGAACUCCAUCUCGAUGCAGGGCUUGAAUGAAUGGCGUGCAGAGUUGUCAAUCUGUUGCACCAGUCUUUCUUUACUUUGUAAGAAUUACCGUGAAGAGCCAAGAGCAAUAGGAGGAAAAACAAACAAACUAGGGUUUAAAUAACAAAGGCGCAUAGAACUGAGCAAGAUACAAAUGAGCAUCAUAUUGAGGGUCUCUUUACAGAGAACGCCUGUUUGUAGUGUGAGAAAUUAAAACUGGAAAA